AAGUUUACAAACAUUUUUGUACAUUUUUUUUAAAAAAAUAUAGUAAAACGAAAGAAAGCCAUGUUCCACUCCACGACGUCGGCUCACAUCGAUCAAGGAAAAUUUUGAGGUAAGAAGAUAGUUAGUAAUUUCAUAACUCUUGAUUUAUCCUAGAAUGGAAGCUUUGAACAACCAACCUCAUGUGUCCGGGGAUUCCGAGGCAUCAAACAUUGGAAACUUUUUUGGUGGAAACCCAGGAAAUAAUAAUAACAAUCUCAACGCUAACAAUGAGAAUAUCGUUGGAAAUAACGUAAUCAAUCAAGUGGCGGGAUUUCUCCACCAACUUGCUACACAAGUCCGUCCAGAAGGUUGGAAUUUAGAUCGUCUCAAGAAGAAUGGUGCUUGGAUAUACAAGGGAGGAGAAUCGGGACCUCCAGAAGUCGCAGAGCACUGGAUCGAACAGACAAAACGUGUUUUUGAAGAUAACCUCAUUCAAGAAGGAGAAUGGGCUCGACUGGCCAUAUCUCUACUGCAAAAUGAAGCAUAUGAUUGGUGGAAAGUUGAAAAGACCAAAGAAGGACUGCCUGAACCCCUAGCUUGGGUAGCAUUUGAGAAAGCUUUUUCUGACCAUUUCAUACCUCCUUACUAUCGUGACGCAAAAAGAAAAGAAUUUCAAAAUCUGAAACGUAAAGGGAUGUCUGUGGAAGCUUACAAAACAAAAAUUGUUAAGCUAUCUAAUUAUGCUAAGGAUUUAAUCACCGAUGAGGAGAAACGAUGUGAGUUCUUCAUCGACGGGCUAGAUGAAGAAUUCCAAAGGAGUCUCAACGGGACUGUACAUCGGAACUUCAAUGAGCUCAUCAAAGCAACCAUGCGUAUUGAUUCGAUCGGAAAGAAAACCUUUGAUCAAGGGGAAGCAUCAUCAAAGAAGAACAACUCCAAUAUAAAGAAUGUUGGUUGGGGAAAAUAUGGUCCCAAACAACAACAAUACUUCAACAAUAAAAAGAAGACGGAAACUCUGGUUGAGAGGCCUGAAUGCCCUACAUGUAAUCGUCGUCACAAUGGGGAAUGUUGGUUUCUAACUGGAGCAUGUAUGCGCUGUGGUCAGAAAGGUCACAUCUCAAAGAACUGUCCCAAACGUACUGACAAGGCGGAAGCACCAAUUCAGAAUAACAACAACAACCACCCACCUCCAAGACAAGCUCCACCAGUGCAAGGAAACAAUGGCAACAACAACAAUCGAGUUCCGGCAAGAACAUAUGCAAUGCAAGGGAGGGAAGAUCAACAGAACCGUAAUGUUAUUAUCGGUAUGUUCACUAUAUUCGAUAAUGACCUAUGCGCUUUAGUUGAUCCUGGAUCUACACAUUCUUAUAUUUGUGUGAAUCAACCU